GGCGGGCGGCGGCGGACGGGCGGCGGGGGCGGGGGGCGCGAGCGCGGCGGUCGAGCGCCAUGGGCCCCCGGACCCCCGGGCUCUGAGCCGGGGCCCGGCCCGACGAUGCUGACGCCCAGGCGGCGCCGGGGACGCGGCGCGGGGCAGCGCUGAAAGUUGGGCGGCCCGCGGGGAGAGGCGCGGGACGGCCCCGAGGCGCGGAGACCCGGAGACCGACGGACAGACCCACCGGCAGCCGGGAAGGGGGGCGGCGCCGGCCCGCCGAGUUCGCGGGGAGGGGGCGCCGGGACUCCCCUCUCCCCGCCCGGGACGCCGCCCGCCCGCCCGCGCCGUGGGAUGUAGAGCCCGCUCGCCGCCUCCUGGACCUUCGUCGGACCCUCCGCCCCGCGAUGGAGAGAAGGAGCACCUGGCUGGAGCAGUUAGUGAAGCCAGGACCUGAUGCUGGGUUUCCCGGCCCCCAGUCCCCUGUCCUGUGUCGUCAUCCUCAUACUCCUCCUCAUCAUCAUCAUCACGACCACCACCACCAGCAUCAUCUGCAUAUUCCGUGCAUUCCACCUGCAAAGCCCUCUGGAGCCCUCGGUCCGCGUUUCUGUUCCUAGUGGUUAUCACACUCACCUCAUCAGGGGUCUGGUGAGGCCCUGCGUCUUCCCAGGUGACCACGCCGGCUUCAGGACAUGCACGGGCACAGCCGAAACGGGCAGGCCCACGUGCCCCGGCGGAAACGCCGCAACCGCUUCGUCAAGAAGAACGGCCAAUGCAACGUCUACUUCGCCAACCUGAGCAACAAGUCGCAGCGCUACAUGGCGGACAUAUUCACCACCUGCGUGGACACGCGCUGGCGCUACAUGCUCAUGAUCUUCUCCGCCGCCUUCCUCGUCUCCUGGCUCUUCUUUGGCCUCCUCUUCUGGUGUAUCGCCUUCUUCCACGGUGACCUGGAGGCUGGCCCGGCGGCCGCGGCCACGGCGGCGGCGGCGGCGGUGGCGGCAGGGGGGGCCCCGACGGGCGGUGGCGCGGCCGCCCCGACGGCCCCCAAGCCCUGCAUCAUGCACGUGAACGGCUUCCUGGGCGCCUUCCUGUUUUCUGUGGAGACGCAGACGACCAUCGGCUACGGGUUCCGGUGCGUGACGGAGGAGUGCCCGCUGGCGGUCAUUGCCGUGGUGGUCCAGUCCAUCGUGGGCUGUGUCAUCGACUCCUUCAUGAUCGGCACCAUCAUGGCCAAGAUGGCUCGGCCCAAGAAGCGGGCGCAGACGCUGCUGUUCAGCCACCACGCAGUCAUCUCGGUGCGCGACGGCAAGCUCUGCCUGAUGUGGCGCGUGGGCAACCUGCGCAAGAGCCACAUCGUGGAGGCCCACGUGCGGGCCCAGCUCAUCAAGCCCUACAUGACCCAGGAGGGCGAGUACCUGCCGCUGGACCAGCGGGACCUCAACGUGGGCUACGACAUCGGCCUGGACCGCAUCUUCCUGGUGUCGCCCAUCAUCAUCGUCCACGAGAUCGACGAGGACAGCCCGCUCUAUGGCAUGGGCAAGGAGGAGCUAGAGUCGGAGGACUUUGAGAUCGUGGUCAUCCUCGAGGGCAUGGUGGAGGCCACCGCCAUGACCACCCAGGCCCGCAGCUCCUACCUGGCCAGCGAGAUCCUGUGGGGCCACCGCUUUGAGCCCGUGGUCUUCGAGGAGAAGAGCCACUACAAGGUGGACUACUCGCGCUUCCACAAGACCUACGAGGUGGCCGGCACGCCCUGCUGCUCCGCCCGGGAGCUGCAGGAGAGCAAGAUCACCGUGCUGCCUGCCCCGCCGCCCCCGCCCAGUGCCUUCUGCUACGAGAACGAGCUGGCCCUCAUGAGCCAGGAGGAAGAGGAGAUGGAGGAGGAGGCAGCAGCCGCUGCUGCCGUGGCCGCGGGCCUGGGCCUGGAGGCAGGCUCCAAGGAGGAGGCGGGCAUCAUCCGAAUGCUGGAGUUUGGCAGUCACCUGGAUCUGGAGCGCAUGCAAGCCACCCUCCCGCUGGACAACAUCUCCUACCGCAGGGAGUCCGCCAUCUGACCUCCAGGCCCCGCCUUCAUCACUUCCCACACGAGCCUCUGCAGGGGGUGGGAUGCCAGGACACCCCUUCCACACUCAGGACAGAGCUGACCCUGGCUGCGUGGACCUUCCGGAGGGAGGGGGGGGCGCUUCAAAGACUGGGGAACCCCUUCCUAUUGACUCCAGAGCCCAGGCCUGGGAAGGGCCCAGGAUACCCUCUGCCCUGUCAGCCUACCCACUGGCAUCUCGGGGACCCCAGACCCACCACCCUUUUCCCACUGACACUUCAAGGACGUGCCCCCUUUACUCUCAGAACCUUGGGGAAGGCGGCUGGACUGCUGGGGGUUGGGCAUCACAGGGUUCUGGGGUGGGCAGGGG